AUGGCCGGAGAUGACAGCCAGGAGCGCGUUGCCAUCGCAGCUCUUGUGAUUGCAAUUGCAGCACUCCUCGCAGCUGAACUGCAAAUCUUGCAGGCAAUUUUCGCAUCAGCUCGAGGACUUCCGAACUGCAACGAAGUUGUAAUGGGAGGAUGGUCCAAAGGUACAAAAAUCAGGCCCAAAUUCAAGCAUCUGCGUCUGGAGGUCAGGUUCGAAGCGCCUAUCAUUUUUCUUGCUCCUCCGAAAAACAAGAGAAAGCCGGAACCUGGUGAGAUGUGGUCCGCUGAAGGCACCGAGGCGAGCUGUAAGAAAAACCGCCUGGAUUACGCCAAGCUGUUCUCAAGUUCUGGUUCCGAAGGUAUGAACUCCUCCGUGCACACAGUUGAUAUGGAGCUUGCAACGUGGGUCUACCUAUUGAUCGCCAUUGAGACAAUGGAGAAAGUUUCGAAGGAUUGGGAAAAUCGGACCGUCAUGGGUUAUCUACCGGAACCAACCUUUGCGGCAACGGUCCGAGGUGAACCAACUUUGGCAGUAAAGAUCCAAGCGAAAGAGCGAAGUUUCGACACAGUUCCGGCGAUGAAGAAGCCAUUCGCCACAACAACAAUAUCUCAUAUAGUUGAACUCGCCGCUAUACUGGGGAUCUACUGGAAAGUGUUUGACCGAGACAACAAUCAAUACCGCGCAGAAGGAAACGGAUACAGCCUCACAGGCUCUCGCAUACCCGAUCUCGGGAUCCAGUUUGUCUUCGAAAAGACUGGUCAAACGGCAUUCGAGGCGAGACGAGUCAUACCUACGUCGGAGAUAAAGGAACUUUGUUUUGGUAGAGUUCCUACACUGUUCCGAAACAAGAUUAAUGCAGAUGAGGACCUUGAGUGGCAGAACCCGCUUAUGACCUCUUCUGGGACGGGGAUCAGACUUGAGAUCCUGCAAAUGGGCAGCACGAAAGAGAUUGCAGAGACACUCACGCAGAUUGGAUGCAACGGCAGUACUACGCUGUACUACACGGAGGGGAAGAAACAUCGUCAUCUUUUCCCAGUCACCUUUGAAGUCCUCGGUAUGCUCGCGAGAGUUUUGCAUAUCGACAAGCGGUGUUUCCGCUUUCUGCCCAAUCCGACCAUUUUCCCUUGGGACAGGGAAUCGUUUUCGCUUCCACGGCUACUGACCGCCUUUAGCAGUUUCAUUAGCGACGACCUCAAAGGAAUCAAAGAGGUGAAGACUGUUCCAGACAGUUCCUUGGAAAGCGGGAUUUUGACUGCAAUCCCGGAUAUCCAGGUCCUUUCAGAUUCGGCCAAAGCUUUGCACGAUGCCGUUAAGAACUAUCCGAAACUAACUCACGACCAAAUGACUUCUCUCCACCAAGCCAUAGCGAUGGCAGACGGCAUGCUCAAAGAAGAGGACAUUGUAUUGGACGUCAUGCGCCGCCACCUCCAACACGUGUUGGCGGCCAUCAAUAACCCAGUCUCUGGAGAUGAGGUUCAGGUGUCUUUCGAUCACCUACUCGACAUACCGCUGGAGAUGAGGGAGUGGAGGUUCAUGGAAACGUACUUCGAUAGUAUCCUCUGGCGAGCUACAAGUUCUGCCAAGAAUAGCAAAAGGGACGACGAAGUAGUUUCACAGGCCAUACAUGAAGACACCGAAAUACGCCAGCUUCAUAACGAAGGUGAUCAAUCGCCUUUCGCACCAAAGUCAGGAACGAGCCCUAAUAUCGAUGGAUCCCAGACCGAACCAAUGCCGCCUACGCCCGGCAUAAGCAGAAGAGAAUCAUGGCCUCCCCGAGUUGAGACCGGAAAGCACGAAAGACUAGGGGCCUCCAAGGUGAGAGCCAUUUGCAAACAACGCAUUUGGACAAUGAUUGCGUCGGAACAUGUUGAAAUGAGACGCGUAGCUAUAUGGUAUACACUCGUUUUUCGGAUGAUUUGCUGGUUGAUGUUGCACGACUUUGACAAGAAGGACUUGCAGCUGUCGAAGAGCGAGUUAAUUGGAAACAGACAAACAGUCUUCAUUGUGUGA